AUGGAGACUCCACUAGGGUACCAGUCUGAGCGACUGAUUCCAGGUUUCGCAACACCUCUACUGUUCACCUUACCGGCCGAGAUACGUCUGGAUAUCUUUGGCUAUUGCAUCCCCCGAAAAUGUGCCAUCAAAGUGACAAACGCCAUGUACCGGCCCUACGGCGUCGAGCCUUUGGUUUCUACUCGCGAUCCAUCCCCCACAAGCGACAGGUUCGCCAACACUCAACCUCUCUGGACCAACAUUCUACAUGUUUCCAAACGAAUGAGCGAUGAAUGCCUGGACAUCCUAUACGGCCAAAACUUGUUCGAAGUCUACCUGAAUAAAGGAGGUGAAGCUACGAUUAAGAAAACAUUCAGCAAAGAGAAUCUCCAGCGAAUCCGGUUCAUUCUCGCCAUCUCUCCCGGCCCAUGUUUUACCGGGGAACUGAACCCACCCGACAUUUCUUUCUGGGCCAUGAUGAUCCCAAACCUGAAGCUUUUUGAAUGGGUGGCACAGCCAGACAACGGUGCUGAGCAGAACAUGGGCGAUUUUAUGAUCAAGCAAGGGUUGGAGGGCUGGAUGGAGUGGACGGACGCCUACUCGGACUGUUUCGCUGAAUUUCUGGUGACUGGGGUGGAAUUUAAGAUGAGAUUUGACAAAGGGGAUGGUGAACAUAGGAAGAUUGGCCGGCUCUUUUUCCGGCGAGGACCAUUCUUCUUGAAGAAUGGACAGAAAUGA